AUAGGAUUGCGCACCAACCCCGCUUCACGACUGAAUCCUCUCGAUCGCCUUGACGUCGCUUUGCCUCCCUCUCUGAUCCCUUGGUGGGGGAUUACAUGAACUUUUUGGGUGUCCUCACUGCAUUCACUGGUGCCGCCCGAGCUGUGAGGGGCCUCCUGAAAGACGACGACAGCCCUCGCGGUGAUCACCCUGCUGCAAUGCCGAGGAUGCCGAGCCUACAACAACGACUCAAGUCGAGUCGCUGCACGAAUGCUCAGCUGAGGUCGGAUCUUCAGUCCAAGGACCAGCAGCUCCAGCAAAGCCAAGCCGCACAGCAGGGGCUGGAGCAGCAACUGCAUUCCACCCGGCUGCAAGGCCAGAACCAGCUGAUGGACCUCAUGCUCAAGCACCAGAACCAGAUGAAUGACCUCAACCGCAGCCACAACGAGGACCUGAGACAGCAGUUGAGCAAGAAGCAGGAGGCCGAACUUGCCGAGCGCACUCGUGUCCACGAGGAGGAGCUGCGGCUGUUCAGGGAGAAGGCCGAAGCUGAGAAGAAAGCGGCGGAGGCGGCGGCAGCGAAGGCGGCGCUCAAGGAGGACCGAGAGAAGACACGGAAGCUCCUCGAGGAGUACCCACCUCCUCAACACAUGAAGGACGCCAUCAAGUCCUACCCCAACGCACAAUUCAUCGGCGUCAACGGCGUCAACGGCACAGCCAAGACCACCACCGUCAACACGAUCUUGGGGAAGGCGGUGGCGCCUGUGAGUUCCAACGGUGAGGGCAACACAGUCAGCAACUAUCACGAGUGCCCGGCCGGCCACCCGUUGCACCCAGCCGUGUUCAUCGACCAUCCAGGUAGUGAGACGCAGAAGGGACACCCGCCUGGACAUCUCACUACGUGUGUGUGUGUGUGUAUGUGUGUUGGCCAUCAGGCGGCUGCAGCGACGAGUAUAACGAGCGGGAGUACGGCAGGAAGACCGGAUCGCGGUAUGGGGAUGGCCAGAUCAUCACCAUGAGCGACCGCCCUCGCUCCCUCGACAACAAGGUACCAGGAGCACCUGUACUGUGCGUGUGUGCGCUCGUCUAACGUUGAUGUGCGCGUGUGUAUGUCUUGUCAGCUCCGUGCUGAGGCAGCCCGCCACAACAUUCCAGUGUUCUUCGUGAGGACGAAGAUGGACAUCACUGUCAAUGCCAUGGCCCGCGACACGAUCCCCAAGACCCCCAAGGCCGCAUUCGAGGAGGUGCGCAAGUACUACCGCGAGAUGGGCCUCCCGCCCAACCGCACCUACCUGAUCUCGGGAUGGUACACCCAAGACAUCCAGGACAAGACGGACUUCCGCGUGGCAGACUUCUACCGCCUCAUGGAUGACCUCAAGGAGGCCCUCGACAACAACGUCUCUGCCGAUGCCCGAAGGUCAGAAACACGCCCCUCCCCCACCCCCACCAGCACCACUGCUGCACACAUGUCGUUGUGCUGGUGCAGGAGGCUCAGGGAGUCGGAGUCUGCGGCCUCUUCUUCGUCCUCGGCGUCCUCGGCGUCUUCUUCGUCGUCUUCCUGAGUGGCCGUCAAGACAUCGAGCCGACGAGACACUGCGCACUCGACGAGAACAUGUGCAGUGCAAGUGGCCGACUGGCUGAUUCAGACCUUUGAAGGGGGUACGUUUCUGCGAAUCUUGGUGUCGGUGUGUGGAUGUCUGUGUGUGUGGUGUGAUAAUGAUGUUUGUGCAUGGUCUAAUUUUGCCAAUGUGCCUGGCUGGUUGAUGCGGGCGGGAGGAUGAAUGUAUGUAUGUAUGCGUGUCUCCAUGUUGGUUGCAGUGUGUGUGCGGUGUGUCUGUGUGCCUUUCAAGUCUGCCUGGCUGGCUGAUUGGGACGUGCGUGUCGGGCGACAUACGCAGGAGUGCGGUGAUGAUGUGUCUGUGUGUCUGUGUGUGGUGGCUAUGGUGGGGGAUAGGGUGAGAUGGGCUUACCGCAGGCGUCUGUGUGCCGCAAGUGAAGUGUGCGUGUGCGUGUCCCGCUGUGUGUGAAUCGUUUUUGAAGCACUCUGAUCGCUGGCUGUGUGUGGCGGGGCGGGCUGGAAAGGUGGAAAACUGGCAGCAGCAGCACCAGUGAGAGCUGAGUUUCUGAC